AUGGGCCCCAAGCGGCCCAGGUCCGCCCGGGAGUCGCCGGUGCCCGGGCCGCCGAGCUGGGAGCCCGCGCUGGUGUCCGCCCGCCUCGAGGAGGAUGACUGGAAGCCUAGCAUCACUUUCAUUGUUGGGACCAAGAUUGAGGAUGAAAUCCACACCCAGGCCCUGGCUCUUGCUGUGCAGGUGCCGCUGCGAAAGCUCUUCAGUGUGAUAACCCGUGAAGAUAUUGACAGACAGAUUGCAGAAUCUGGGCGUCAAAAGGGAAAAAAGGCUAAGGAUGCACCUAUGUACUAUGAGGUGGUAGAAUUAGCCAAAACCCUUCUGGACAUGGGUGAAGAAAUUCCUGUGACACUAACUGGAAAGCUGUUGAAAUUUCAAUUGCUUUGUUUCAAACAGAAGGAUCUUCAGAAAAGAGAAGAGGAAAAGAAGGCAGAGCAGCAGCAAAAAGAAAAAGAGAAAGGAAAAUCUAAAUCUCCCAGUAAGACAUCUAGAAAAACAAGUAAAGGAAAAAAGUCAUCGGGAGCACCCCCUGUUAAAAAAGACACCAUAUUGAAACAACGAGGAGAAGUGGAAGUGGAAGACAAAUACAUUGAUGAUGAACCAGAUGAUGGUGCUCAUCAUUACUUUAUCAUUCUGGGCUUCCCCAAUCUUCAGUUGUUGCCUGUCUUGGCUGACCUUGGGAUUAACAUUUCAAGUGUAAUUCAAAUUUCUUCUGAGAAUUACAAGCCACUGCAGAUGUACUUAGAAGCAACUAAACUUGAAGGACAAUCUUUAAUUUCACAAGAAGAUGUAGAAGCAGAGAAAAGAAAGGAAGACGAAGCUAACAAGGACCUGGAAAUAUUUUGGAAAUUCCUGGACCCCGUUCUGAACAGUGGAAAGCAUGGAUCAAGUCUCUUUGAUAUUGCCAGGUUUCAUUACCUAGUUAAGGAAAGUGACUUUCCCCCUGAUUGGUCAGACAGUGAAAUGCUGCUUGCAUUUGGUUCUGUGCUGUUUGAACACAUUGCUUGUUUGAUGUAUGACUGCCUGGACUGGAGAAGACAGCAUUGCAACUACUUGGAAAACACCAAGUUUAUUAAUGUGCUUGCAUUUCCAGAGUGCAAGUCAACACAACCAUCUUCACUUGAGGAACAACCAACACCACAGAUGACACCUACAAGGAGAAAAGGGAAACCAGAGGAAAUUCUGCCAUCAAUAGUUUUGUCAGAGAAUGAAGAAACUUCUAUUCUGUUUCCUUCUGUGGACAUGAGGUAUUACAAUGACUUGCUGAGACAAAUUCCUGAGGAGUACUUUUCUGUACCCUUAAUGCUGAGCUGCAUGUUGGAACAGGUUAUUGCAAGUGAAGAAGACCUUAUACCACCGAGUCUGAUAGCAGCAGAGCCUCAGGCAGGUGGGCUGCAUCGUGCCAUCGCAGAUCAUAUAAUCUCUGUCCUUCCUUCUCUUUCACUUCCCAUGAGUGAAAAAAAGAAUCUGUAUGACUAUUUUUCUCUUAAAGACGUUGAACAAGAGACUGUCACCCCCCAGUACCCUCUCUUAUUUAACUACCAUGAUGCCCUGGCCCAGCGGUUGCACCUGCUGAAGGUCCAGGAGAACUUCAACCCAGAAAAGAUUGAGCGUGAAAUGAUGGAUAAACUGCCUCUUACAGAACUUAUCCAUUUCACCCCUCCUUCAAUUGAAAACAACACUAAACGCUUGGCCAGAGUUCAUGAGCUCAUGCAUUAUUGUACUACUGAACAUCUGAGUUGGGCUGAAGUAGAAAGAGCGUUCAGAGUGUUUACUUUUGAAAGCCUGAAGCUGACUGGGCUGAGUGACUCUGGUUUCCUGGAGAGCUCUGGAUCUAGGGUUGGAGGUGAUGCUGAAGUGUCUUAUAUCCCUUGGGAUAAUCCAGUCAUGUUUGCAAGACAGCUGAGACAACUCUUCCAUAUGGAAAAGAAGCUUAAUGAGAAAUCCUCAAGCUGCUCUGGGCAUACAGAAGCAAGUGACGAAGAUGAAGGAGAUGGUUUGGUUGGUCCUCUUUUGAACAUAGAUUUGGAUCUUCUUUAUUCUGAUAUGAUGAGUUCGGAAAAGGAUGGCCUUAGACCAAUUUUAGAAGAAAUAAAAAAGACACAGAGGCGUUGCUUGACAGACUGGAGUUUGGAAGAGCAUUUUGAACCACAUGUUCUUCAUCAGGUUCUUCAUACAGCAUCCCAAGAAUAUAGAUGUAUUGAUUCCUUUUAUCAUACCCAAGAUAACUCUUUACUAAUGGUUUUUCACAAUCCUAUGAAUCAACAUCAUCUGUGCAAAGAGACUUGGAAUAUUGCUCUGCACUCUAAUGUUGGAUUCAGGAACUAUCUUGAGCUGGUGGCUGACUCAAUUGAAGACUGGGUGAAAGAGGAAGAAGCUAAAUACCAAAAAGAGAAGAUGGGUAAGGAAAUAGAGUUUUUUUUAUUGGAAAAAGCCACAGCAGAAGGUCCUCUUGGACUGUGUGCCAGUGCUGUCAAAAAAUUUGCUUUACUAAGAAAGCCAGAAGUGGGUAUCCUGUUUUUCACACCUGAACCUCAGAAUAUAACAGAGUCUCAAUCCAAGAGUGAAGAAAGUCUCAUUAUCAGAGAAGAUUCUCUAAAGGCUUGGAAGAUGGAGCAGGACCGAUUACGAGAGGAAGAAAAAAGAGAAAAGGAAGAAAGGGAAGAAAAUUUGCAAAGUAAAAAGAAAGGACGGGAUAAUAAAGAUAAAGAAUGCGAAGAAACAAACAAAAAUCCUUCUGAAAAGAUGUCUCAAAAUGAGUCAGCAAAAGACCCUGAACUUGAGGAGGAUCAUAGCAUUCCAGAACCAUUUUCUGAGAAAGUUUAUAAGUUUCAUGGCUACAAUACAGGGGACGAUGUCAUUCAAGUAUCAGGAACCAAUCAAUAUCUUUUCCCAUCCGAUGGAGGACAGAUUCAAGUAGAGAAGAUAGAGUUUGUAAAAAAAACUCUGAUAAAGGUGAAAGUAAUAAAAGACAACCACAAUUUCUUAAUUCAUAUCACAGACCCCAAGGAAAACUUCAAAGAAGCUGAAGAGCAGGAAAUUAAUGAAGAACAGCAAAUUAAAUCAGGAGAGCUGAAAAAUCAAAAGAAAGCUCUGAGCAAGUUUGGAUCUUUUUCAGCCACCUUAGAAAAUGGAAUCCAGCUGUCCCUGAGCUAUUAUGGACCUACAGGGGAGCCAGCAGAUGAGGAAACAGGUCCUGUCUUAACAAGAAUUCUGAACAUCCCUUCUGUUCAUGUUCCGACCGUAAUUCCAACAGCAGUUUCUCCCAUUACAAAAAAAGAUAAGUUUGACAGAAAAAAAUCAGUGAAAGCUUCUGCCAAGGGAAACCGUGGCAAAUUAGCCCCGUCAUCACCUGAUGACCUCGUUCAGCAAGAAGAAGAAAAGAUGGAAAAGAAAGAACCAGUUCCCCAAACACAAGAGAUGUCAGAUGCUCCUGCUUUUCCGAGUUUGAAUGUCUCCUGUCCCAAUGGACUUGUAUUGACUUUUCUCGGUGAAAGGUUUCGAGAUUUGAAAGGUGAAGCCACUUCCACUGAGGCAGAGAAAGAGAUGGUAGAAAAAAGUGAGGCCAAAGCAGAUGAAGGAGAGGAGGAAGAGGUUAUGCAAACUGCAGAGGAGGAACAUCUGGUUACAGAAGGUGAAAUAAAGCAUGAAGACACCAAAAGUGAACAGGCUGAGCAGCCUACUCUGGAAAUUCUGGUUAGACAGAGUUAUCCCCAAAUGGUAAAGAACUCUCAGCUUUACUCACCUCUGUCAUGGCAAACAGAACAAGAAGUGUCAAGGGUCAUCACUAGUCAAGGAACUGUCAUAAAGUACCUGAUGGAUGGAUCUACCCAGAUUCUGUUUGCUGAUGGCACAGUGAGUAAGAGCCCUGAUUCUGGUCCUGUCUUACCACCACCUACAAUUCCAGACAAAAAACAACCCUCACCAGAAUCAGAGAAUUUAUCUGAAACCAGCACUAAGAAAGGGAAAAGCAGUGACAAGAACAGUCUAUUACGCUCACCCAAGGGUGGGGAGUUUGAAAAGGCCAAUUCUACACAACCUAAGGGAGGAACCUGGGUAACAACAACUCCGUUAGGUGUUCGAGUGGGCACAGAGGGUGCAACAAGAAUGGAUCUGAAGCCACUCUUAAUGUAUCAGUCCACCAGCCUCGAUGAUGGAACGAUUAUGACUGUACGAGACGAUGAAGUGAUAAUUGUUGAGAAGAUGCUUGGUAACAGAGUAGUAGAGCAUGCCGAUGGUACCAGGAUCACAACUUUUUAUGAAAAAUGUGAAAAGCUUUCUGUACCAGAGGGUAGUGUGGAAACAGAUGAACCCUCAGAAGCCACCAAAAAGAAGCUCAAAGGUACACGAGUUGAGAAUCCUGAGUUUGCUACUGUUAUAACAAAUUGUGAGGAUGGUACCUGUUGUACUAUCUUUGGAGAUGGGACAUCUAUUCUAGCAAAGCCCCAGGGCACAUAUCAGGUUUUACCCAGCAAGGGAGGCUUUCUUUUCUUUGAUGAAGAUUGCUCAGCAGUUUAUAGCCAUGAAGUUUGUAAUUUCAGCAGCAAGGAAGAAGAGAAACAAGCAGGAAGGUACAUUAUGAAACACACUUCCAGCACUAUUUGUGAGAUGAUGGAUCCUGAAGGAAAUACUUUUAAGGUCCUGGCUGAUGGCAGCACAGAUGUGUGCAUUCCCAGCAUUGGCUCUAAUGGCAAGGAGAACAGAAGUUCAGCAGCAGAGGAGGUUAACAAACCUAUCACUUAUAAUGAGCAUGCCCCAAGGUUUUUCAUCAUCUCUGCGGAUGGUUCUGGAACGGAGCUCCUGCGAGAAAAGGAUGUACACCAGUGUAUGGCUGAGGCCUGCAGUGAUCCUACCACUGCAGUCUUGAGGGAUCCUGUACAAGAACAGCCAGGUGUUUUAAGUAUUACUAUCCUCCGCCCUAUGGCUGAAGCAUCCCCCUGGGUAAUGAAGAAAGAACCAGAGAAUAUUGUUCCUCCAUAUCUUCGGUCAGGAACUCAGGAAGAAUCCUUUCCUCCUGAGGGGGAGAUCACAGGUCCCCCAGUCCAAAGGUGUGUUUGGAAGGGUCUCAGCAUUGGAUCAGCGCAAUUAUCCUUGCCAGUGUCUGUGCGAAAAUGUCCCAAAAAACUGCAAAUCCGCCAGCUAUUCCAGUAUAAGCCACUCUGUGAUGAACUAAGAGAAAAACUGCAGCUUUCUCUCAAGGAAUAUAUAGACAACAUCUUAAAACAUGAAAAUGAGCUGGAAGAGAUGAAUGUGAAAGAACCAAGAACAGAAGAGGAGAAGGAGAAUGCUGCAAGUCUCCGUGUGCUGAUUGCAUCCUUCCCUGACUGGGAGAAGUCAACUGAAAAGCUCAGUGAUAGAGCCCAUGUGAGUGAGCUGUAUGAACAGGCAGUGGCUUCUCCUGCUCACACAGAGAAGAAAAGCACUGCACAAAGAGAGGACCAGCAGCAGAGUCCAGAAGGAGUAACAGUAACAUCCAAGUGGCAAAGCAAACUAGAACAGAACAGGAAAGAACUGGAUGAACAGAAGACUACAUUUGCAGCAAUAAAAAACAAAAUAUUUGCUCCAUAUUUUGAAUCUGAAUUCAGCAAGGACUUUUUCAAUGAAAAGUUUCCUGAUUUGGAAGCAAUAUCUAAGGAACUUCCUCCACUUCAAAAAGAAGAAGGUGUAACUUCCCCUCUGUGGCUGAUAAAAGAACCCAGUGGAGCAGCUGAAUUUCUUGAUACUACAAGUGACUCUUCACUUUCAUCUAGCCUUCCACUGCAGGAUCCUUCCAAAGAAGACAAUGGUUCCAGCAGCACAGCAGACCUAAGCAUGGCAGCAAGAGCACAAGAGACACCCCUUCAAUUUAAAGUUCCAAGUCUGGCAGUGGAUGUUACAGGACAGACGAGAAAAGAGAAAGUAGUAUUACCAUCAUAUCUUCAGGGGAAAAAACCAAACACCAUACCAAAUAAAAAGAUAGAAGAUCCUGCCUCAGGAAAGGUCAACAUAUCUUCUCUUGCAACAAGAUGGGAUCUUACCAGCUUCCAUCUCAUCCCACCCAGGGUGACAUUUGGAGUGCUAAAGGAAGGCUGCACUUACACAACCACUGUCAUCAUGAAGAAUGUUGGUGUGAACUUCUCGAGGUUUCGGGUGAAGCAGCCACCUCCGCACACAGGACUGACAGUGAUGUACACACCAGGACCUGUGGCAGCAGGCUUGCAGGUUGAACUGGAGAUAGAGAUUUUUGCCAUGCUAAUUGGAGGGAAAGACACUGGUGGCCUUGAAGAAGUUUCCCAUGAUAUUGAAAUAUUAACAGAAACUGAAACUCUUCUCCUGCCUGUGAAAGCAACUGUGUUAUCCAGUGACAUUUAUGAGUGCCGCCCAAAAGGAUACCCCCAGGGAGGGAUGGCAGCAGCAGUCCAGGCAGUUCCUGCAAGCCCCAAGCCACGCUUACGGAUUACACUCCCACGAAAGCCUUGUACUUAGUGUAAGUACUGGAUGCAGUGACACUGGCAGUAAAUUAAAGUACAGUUGUUUUACCUACUCUUCCCUUCAUCAGCAGCGUCCUGAACAAAGCUCAUGCAAAUGAUGCACCUAUCACACAGACUCGGUAACUGUGACAAGGGAAAUGAAACACUGGAUGACACUAACCAAAGCACUCACUGUAAGGGAACUGCAGGUUAUUACAACUGCUCAGCUCAGUGGAGGCACUGACAGCAGAGACUCCUCAGUCCUGUCCCAAAUCCUUCACUUAUAGUCUCCACGUUAAACAAGUCCUUGAGCCUCCUGGCAGCUGGAUUUACUACAGUUAGGCCCUAAUAAAUCAGCCUCUCUUUAGCACUUUUCACUUUCUAAAACCAAGUCUUACUGGUGACCUAUUGACACUGACAGCAAGUAUAAUAAGGGACAGACAGGGCAGCCUUAAUGUGACAAGUUCCAAUAUACACAACCCUCUGCACAGUUUCAUACAGUGCUUUUCUGUAGCCUUACAGAAUCAGUCUAUAUGAAGAAUCACAGAAUAUCCUGAGUUAGAAGGGACCCACAAGGAUCACAUCCAACUCCUGGCCCUGCACAGGAUAUUCCAAGAGUCACACCAUGUGCCUGAGAGCAUUGUCCAAAUACUUCCUGAACUCUGUCAGGCUUGGUGCUCGGACUACUUCCAUGGGGAGCCUGUUCCAGUGCCCAACCACCCUCUGGGUGAAGAACCUUUUCCUGAUAUCCUACCUAACUCUUCCCUGACACAGCUUCAGGCCAUUCCUUUGGGUCCGUCACUGGUCAGCAGCCUGCCCCUCCUCUUCCCCUCAUGAAGACGCUGAAGACUGCAGUGAGGUCUCCUCCCAGUUUCCUCCAGGCUGAACAGACCAAGUGACCUCAGCCACUCCUCACAAGGCUUCCCCUCAAGACUCUUCACCAUCCUUCUAGCCCUCAUUUGGAUGCUUUCUAAGAGUGCCUUAGAAUGGUAAAGUCUUCCCUGACAACAUGAAAGGCUUACUGGGAAUUUCUCACAAACCACCAGUCAACAUGUUUAACAUUAGGCUGGUGUUCACCUCACCCCCAUGAGCUCAGGCACUCUACAAUGCAAUUGAUGGUGACAGUUCAUAAACAGGAACCCCAUGGAUGUCUCUCCUCAGCUGAAUAGUCCCCAUUUGCUUCAUAUGUGUAACACUGACAUCUUCUUCUUUCAGCUUAAACAUUUGUAAGCCUACCAUGUUAUCUAACCAGUCAGCAAAGAAAUUCCAGCUGUAUCUCAUUUCCUCUCCUCUGGAGAAAAAAAAAAAACAGUGACCACAUCAGUCAGUUCUCAAAAACUUCAGACAUGUACCUCUGACUGCUGCAUCUGCUCUAGGACUGCCCAGUAUACAUCAAGUAUAGAUUUUUUUUUCCUGUUUAAAGUAUCUUUUUUUCCUUUUCCAGUGUGGAAUUUUACCCCCAGAGUAACACACCAAAAAACAACCAGUUUGAUGCCUUCCACCUUAGGGAUUUACAGCCUGGAACUCAUAAUGAAGGCAGUUUUGACAAACUUCUCUCACUUUAUGUUGAAACAGAAGAGAAAUACUCACCCAGUCAGUUCACAUUUGAGUGACACACCCCCAGUCCCAAAAGAAAUUCUAAUCAGGGUCAUCUUCAACGACAUGCACAAAGGGAAAGAAAUUAACUACACAGUAUUCUCCUCCCUCAUGUCUAAUCCAGCUAAUCAUAGCUGCUGUCACCACAGCAAACCCUCCCUUCUCUUCUGAUAGUGUCCUUUUGUGAACUGAUUGAUAAUUCCUAUUGAAGCUGGCUGCAGCUAUCCCAUGCUACCCAAACAACUGCACCUAAUGCCUCUUCGAACAUUUCUCCGCUCAAAGUCUCCUGGACUCAAAACCAUAUCCCUGUCAGGCAUGUCAAGGAACUCUGGAUUGGUUGGUUUAGUCUCACAAAACAUGGAACACCGACACUCCUAGGUUAAAUCCUGCAAUUAUUUAAAUAGUCUUGUUCAGUGAUCCAGAACAGAACCAGUCAAGUCACUGCAGAGGCAGCAUGAGAACUUUCUAUCACCUUUCCCAGGCAGUUAUCACCAGAGCCAGUGAUUCUCCCUACUGAGACCUAGAAACUUCCCUGCAAUAUUAAACUUGAUCACAAAUUUGCCACACCUCCUAGCAGAGACCAACAAGCAAAAAUCACUGAUCAAGCAUCACCUGACCAAACCCAGCCUUAUCUCAUAUUUCCUUAGUUAUUUCAGAUGAAUAUUUAAAACAUUUCAAAAAGAUUCUCUUAACAUAUUCAGAAUUAAAUAUCUCAUAGGAAGCUGCCCAUGAAAGUCUUCAGUAUUCCUAAGCAGACAGUCCAUCCUGAAUGUGUGGUUAUGAUUUUUUAUGCCAUUCAAUUUGUACAAUAAAAGCAAACCCCUAAUCUACUUGAAGCGUGUGUAAAAACUCUGUGUCAUGUUGUUAUUCCCUUCCAACAGCAAAAGGCCAAAUCUGAAGCCAGCCUGUAGCAAUCACAGUGCUCACACAAUAAUUGCAAAGAAUCUGGACAUAAUUAUUGGGAUUUGGUUCAACAACUUUACAAAGGUGGAGAUGGGAUUUCUUCUUGUUUUUUCUUCUUUCCAUUCAUGUUAAUUUUCUGUCCUCUUCCACUACAGGUUAGAAGCCUAGAAGAUCAACAUGAAGAUCAGCAACACUGAAAUACCUAGAUUUUAGUCCAACCUUAUGGAAACAUCCAAUGUAAUCUUUUCAUUUAUUUCAUCAGAUUAAAUGAGAAUAAAUAUUUUGCCUUUUCCCUGUUAAUGGGAAAGGUGGUCCAAAAGUUGCACAAUCUCCUGACAUGGCUGUCUGAAAUGCAAACAGUGGAAAGAU